AAUUCCACAAUUCAACCUUGGCGAUAACUCCGAAAGCAAGAGCAUGCAUGCUCGCUUCCCGAGUGCUGCUGCUGCCUGCUACUCUCGAGUGAUUGAUACGUCUCCAAGGCAGUAUUUAGCCCUUCCAAUUCUCUCUCACGCCUUGCACCGCUUCGCUUCCCAUACUCCUCUCGCGGCUGCGCUUCGAGACGCUCAAAUAUUCCCAUUAGCUUCACCGACGCUGCAGAGAGGUCACUACUCCAACGUUGCAAAUAUGCCGCCGAAGCAAGCCACACUCGGCAAGUUCUUUGGCAAGCCCAAUGGUGCCGCAGCGAAGCCUCAGCAAUCGAAGCUUUCAUUCUCGACGAAGUCGAAGCAGCCCAAGAGUGAGGAACUGGACGGAAAUGAUGGGGAGGAGCUUACGUCUUCGGCGACGGUUCCGGAACCUCUGAAGGUCGAAGAGAAGGGUAAGGAAGGUGACGCAGCAGCUACUCUUGUAAAGGACGAUUCGGAUGCUAUGGAUGUGGAUAGUGAGCUGCCGUCUUCAUCUGAGGCAGGAAGGAAGAGACCUGUGAAGGAGGAAGAGGAGGAGGAUUCGGAAGAUGAGCCACCGAUGAAAAGGCAGAGGAGGAGACCUGCGAAGAAGGAGACCAUGACGCAGAAGAAGAGUCCUCCGAAGGUUAAGAAGGUGGAGAAGGACGGCCCGAAGGCGAAGAAGGUCACUGCCAGGACGAAGUCGGAUGAGGAUAAGGAAGGGGAAGACGAGGAGUCCGCAGUAACGAAGAUAGCGAGAGGGAAGGAGAAAGAGGUUGCGAAGUCGCCCACUCCCGGUUCCAGCCCUGGGGAGGAGGAAGAAUUCCUCGUCUCGGACGAGGAGGACGAGCCUCCAGAAGUCCAGAAGAAGGUUCUCGAGAAGGUACAGUCGACGUUGACGUCCAAGACGAAGGAUCCGUAUCCGGACUGGAAAGCAGGCGAGCCUGUGCCGUACGCAGCCCUCUGCACGACGUUUUCGAAAAUCGAGAUGACGACGAAGCGGCUGGAGAUUCUUGCACACUGUUCGCUCUUUCUGCGGCAAGUGCUCCGGUUAACACCUGCAGAUCUGUUGCCUACAGUAAUGCUCAUGAUCAACAAGCUCGCGGCCGAUUAUGCAGGGAUUGAACUUGGUAUCGGCGAGUCUCUGAUCAUGAAGGCUAUUUCCGAGAGUACAGGAAGGAAUCUGAAACAGAUCAAGGCGGACCACAACGAUACUGGCGACCUAGGCCUUGUGGCGGCAAAGAGUCGAUCGAAGCAGCCGACGAUGUUCAAGCCUAAGCCUCUGACUGUUCGAGGAGUACACCAAGGGUUGAUGACCAUUGCGCUCAUAACCGGACAAAAUGCUCAAACCCGCAAGGUCGAUGGCAUCAAGAAACUUCUCUCUGCGGCGGAUGCAGCCAGUGCUGGGAAGGCCAUUGAUAUCGAAAAGGAUAAGGGUGGGCCUAGUGAGUCGAAGUAUAUAGUUCGCACUCUGGAGGGCAAGCUUCGAUUGGGACUGGCGGAGAAGACCGUGCUGGUUGCGCUGUCUCAAGCGAUGAUUUUCCAUGAGAUGAACCAGAAGGGGAAGACGCCUUCGUCGGCAGAUCUCCUCAAGGCUGAGUCCACGCUGAAGUCUGUCUACAGCGAACUCCCCAGUUACGAAGUCAUCAUCCCCAAGAUGCUCGAGGUUGGCAUCAUGAAGCUACCUGAAAAGUGCAAAUUGCAACCCGGGGUGCCCCUCAAGCCUAUGCUUGCCAAACCUACAAAGUCUAUCACCGAAGUUCUGGACCGCUUCGAGGGCAAGGACUUUACCUGCGAAUACAAAUACGAUGGCGAGCGUGCUCAGAUCCAUUUCGUCGCACACGAUGCUGCUGUGGGCCUGGCUACCGAAGCGCCGAAUGCAGGUAAGAGCGAAAAGGGCGUUGCCAACAUCUUUUCGCGCAACUCGGAAGAUUUGUCGAAGAAAUACCCUGAUAUUCUUGCCAACUUGCCUAAGUGGAUCAAGAACGACACAAAAAGCUUCGUCCUGGAUUGCGAGACUGUGGCCUGGGAUAUGGUAGAAAAGAAGGUGUUAGCUUUCCAGCAGCUCAUGACGCGCAAGAGAAAGGAUGUCAAGGUCGAAGACAUCAAGAUCAAAGUUUGCGUCUUCGCAUUCGACAUCUUAUUUCUCAAUGGCGAGCCGCUGGUCAACAAAUCCCUCCGCGAGCGACGCGCUCUCCUACACUCUGCCUUCGAUCCUGUAGAAGGAGAAUUCGCUUUCGCUACCUACGGCAACACCUCCGACCUCGAAGAAAUCCAGAAUCUGCUCGAGGAAUCCGUGAAAGCCUCCUGCGAAGGGCUCAUGGUGAAGAUGCUCGACGGCCCCGAAUCCUCCUAUGAACCGUCGAAGCGCAGCCAGAAUUGGCUCAAGAUUAAGAAAGAUUACCUCAGUGGUGUAGGGGACAGCCUUGACUUGGUGGUCCUUGGGGCGUACUUUGGCAAGGGGAAGAGGACGAGCUGGUACGGCGCGUUCUUGCUCGCGUGUUACAACCCGAGCACCCAGGAGUUUGAGACGGUGUGUAACAUCGGCACGGGGUUCUCGGAAGCCCUGCUCGAGACCUUGCACGAGCAGCUCAGCGCGAUCCAGAUCGAUAAACCGAAGCCGUUCUACAAGCAUAGCACGGGGAACAAAGAUCAGCCUGACGUGUGGUUCGAGCCGCGCUUUGUGUGGGAGGUCAGGACGGCGGAUUUGACGCUCUCACCCAGGUACAAGGCCGCCGCGGAUGAGGUGGCGGGUGGGGGCAAGGGAGUCAGUCUGAGGUUUCCGCGGUUCAUCAAGGAGAGGGAGGAUAAGAAGCCGGAGCAGGCGAGCACGAGUCGGAUGAUUGCGGAGAUGUAUCAGCGGCAGGAGGCGGUUAGUAAGAGUAAUGGGCCGAGUGUGGAUGAUGAUUUCGAGUAUUAGGUCGGGGACGGAGGUGGGAGGUGGGUGGCCGAGGUCACAGGAAUGGAGUAUCAGCAGAUGGCAUCCAUGUGACAUGAGGUACUGUGUAUGGCUAGGGGUCCGGUCUCCCAUACGAAGGAUUUCCUUCCACCCGCUAUUCAGAGUGUUUCGCUGUGUCAUGAACUUCAAAGCAGGCAAAAUGCUAUUGGCCAGCUCUCUCUAGGUACACUCCUCCCUCCUUCGCAAAACGAAUAAGGGACCCUAUGUUGGCAAAAACAAAAACAUACAACACCACGCUAUUCGCAGCUGGUCACCCACGCUACUACUCAACGGGC